AUGCUUCUUGAUUCAAUUCAACCAAUUGAAUUUUCGUCAACAUCAGCCGACAUGAUAUUAUUUUCACUUAUCAAUCGAACCGCUUCCAACUUAGACAUGUCCUCGGAUCUUAUUGAUAAUCUUUAUAUUUUGGAAACUAUUCUUUUGGUUUGGAGCUAUUUCGAAUGUGGAGUGUUCUUCUAUGUCCUUUGCACCAACAGUCAAUACCAUCCAAAUCUCACUUGGCUUCUCAAAAAUCUAGUCGCCCAAUAUUUCAUCUCAAUGGCAUGUCGACUGUUUCAGAUUUAUUUUCAAUAUGGAAUCGAUGAUGAGAGCAAUUUAAAAACCAACUGGUUCUUCAUUCUUGUCACUUUCUCUCGAAAUUGUCUCAUUUUCACUGCUCUCUACUUCUCACCAUUUGUAAUGAUGGAACGGUUAUAUGCAUCUGUACACAUUGGAGAUUACGAGCACAAACCGCGUCACUAUGUCGGCUAUACGCUAUCGUUGUUUUUGUAUCUUUGGUCACUGAUGAUCGGAUUAACGUAUGCGUUUGAAGUCAUCCCAACAUACAUCCACGUCUCCUGCUUGGUUUCCAUCAAUAUGUUAGCAUUUGUGGUGUGUCUUCUAAACGAAAGCUACAACUCGAAGAAAUUCGUCCAAAAGAAGUUUUCAACACGAAAAUCAGUGACCUACUCGUUAUCAGAACGUUAUCAAAUUGUGGAGAAUUUGAAAACUGCUUAUCUCUUCAAACGCGGCAUCAUCUCAAUCAUUAUAUUUUCCGUAAUCUGUGGUGUUUUCCUAGUCCGAAUGAGUUCUGAUGAGCACGAUUCGUCGAUGAACUGGAUCCUGAUUGGCUUCAAUUAUGCCGCCAUUUUAUAUGGAAUCGGUUUUCCAGCCGCCAUGUUUUUUUAUGAUCAACAAUUUCAGAAACAGCUGUUGAGUUAUAUUCGGAUGAUAUUCUGCAUCUCAUCUCGAACGACGCCGUUGUAUGAGGAAACAGAAGAGAAUAGUCAGAAAGCAAAGAUUAGUAGAAGUUUAGAAGCUGUUAAGGAGACGGAUAUUUAUUUUAAUAAUUUGAAAGGAGACUGGGAGAAAAUGGCGACGAAAAGCAAACGGAGAUGUGAAUGUUAA